AUGUCUUGCCGCAACUACUACUCUGGAAACUGCAGCUCUGGAAACUACAGCUCUGGAAACUGCAGCUCUGGAAACUGCAGCUCUGGAAACUACUGCUCUGGAUCCCUCAGAAAUCACUGCCAUGGUCCUGUCACCUCCUCUGUUGCUUUCUUUCCUACCAAUGUGAGUUAUGGAGAGACCAUCUGCCAACCCAGUGCCUGUCAAGGCAGUGCCUGGUUCCCGGACAACUGCCAAGAGAGCUGCAAUGAGCCAACCAACUGCCAGCCAGUCAACUGUGAGUCUAGCAGCUGUGAAGCCUCUUGCUUCCCUUCAACUGCUUAUUAUGUCACCAGACCCUGCCAAGGAACCAGCUUUCUUCCUGUAUCUUCCUCUAUCACCAAUUCCUGCCUGCCAGUAUCCUGCAGACCUCUGAACUAUGUGACCAGUAGCUGUCGUCCACUGAGCCCCCUGGUCUACAGCAGCCAUUCCUUGGGUUGUGCUUCCACUGGCUAUCGGCCACUAAACUCUUUCUCCAACAGCUGCAGGCCCGUGAACCUCGUUCCUUAUGGAUGCAGACCUGUGAGUGCUUUGGCCUGUAAUCCUCAAUCACUUAGCAUUGUGUCCAGCAGCUCUGGUCACCUGCGGCCUCUCUCCAAUAUUUGUCAACCUCUGACCCACAUUGUCAGUACUUGCCGUCCAUCGUGCUCUGCACCCGGCAACUGA